CCGCAACAGCGUGCCCGACUAUGCGAUGAAUAUGAUCUGGUCUUCCUGCUGCUGACAGCGACGUAUCAGACACAAGUGAAGUAGUCUGCAUAACCUCCCAAAAUUAGGUAUGGCGGGAACCCCGAAAAGCACCGGCUGUAGUACAUGCCGACGACGAAAGAAAAAAUGUGGAGAGGAGCGCCCCAGCUGUAAAGCAUGUAUAUCCAACGGCUGGGUAUGUCCGGGCUACGCCAAAAGAUGGAAGUUUGUGGAUGGAAAUGCACAAGUAUCGACGAAUUACCAAGUUAAGACUCAUGUCCACGAGAGAGAGAUCUUCAAUGAUACCACGAACAUACGUCACGGGGAUCAAACGCGCCAUGAGGUGAAGCCUCAUAAGAAAUCCCAGCUUAUGUAUGACAUCAGUUGGCAGAAAUAUUCUCGACGAUUGACUUCAGAAUCUGACGGGCUUGCAUCCAUGCUUGUAUUUAUCUUGAAUGACUCGUUAGGUCAGAAGUUUUGCCAGAUUGGCUCACAUGCGAAUUUUCUCGACUAUAUACCCAGCCGCCUGGGGAUAAACAUUGCUCUGGAUUCUGUGGUAUCUAGUUUGUGUAGCCUAUACAUUGAUACUCUCACCAGAAAAAGGACUUUUAAAAGUCUUCAGUUAUAUGGGCGGGGUAUAUCAUCUUUGCAAGCCUGUCUAAAAGACCCCAAGCAACGUUUGGAGUCAGAAACACUGUGUGCAUCACUAUUACUACAAGUAUGCGAGCUCUUGAGAAACCCAGGAAAUAGCCGAUGGUUCUAUCUCUCCAAAGGCUCGAGACUUCUCUUUGAGAGUGCGGGACCCGAAAGAUGUGCUAGUGGUUUUGAUCGUGCAAUGAUUGAAUCGCAGCGGGUGUGGUUUAUGAUACAAGAUGUUGGCAGACACCAGCAUUGCUUUUUGACACAACCCCAGUGGCAAGAAGUUUUCAAAGUGCCAAUUACCACCCCAGUAGAUGUUCGAAACCCGAUUCUCUCUUUACGGACUAGAGUCUGUGAAGUGCUCAACGACGUCCCUGAUAUACUGUCAGAAGUUGCUUGCAUAGCACUUACAGAUGAAAAUCAGAUUUUUUAUACGAAAGCCCAUCAGGAAGACCUUAUAUGCCGCUUGAUAAUACAAAAAGAAAGUAUUCAAAGGUGGUAUACAACAGAGCUGCAGCCAUUGCUUUGCGGUGGUGGCGAUUCUCGUUACUCAGCGGUCGUUCUUGCCGUGAUCGAUUUUAUUUCCAGCUCGGCUCUUCUUGCAGUGAUCGAUGCAUUGUCUACCAUGACGUCCAAGUCUGAGGAGUACGGGCUGAAUGGCCUCCUCCCCGAAUACCAGCCCGCGAUCAUUGACUGCGAGACCGCAGUGCGAGCAUCACUCAACUAUAUCAUUGGCGUUUCUUCGCUCGUCGCAGAGCCGUUGCAAAUCGCAACCCAGCAGACCAGCUUGUUGACCAGCCACUCCUAAUUGUAUCAGGAUAGACAAAUGUACAAUAUUGCUCGUUAUCCGUGUUAUUUCUUGAAUAAUCUUGCCUCGUUCUGGUUUUCUAGAUAAAUAUUCGGCCCCACUGAAUUUCCCUUUUGAGGGUGUAUCUUGCGCGCUGACCAAUCACAUCCGCUCAUUGGAG